UCUUUUGCUUUUGUGGUUAUUUCAUCUAUGGUCCUUGUACUAUCAUGCUUCAACAAAUAAGCCCAUGCACGAUGUUUAACAACAUACAUGACUGGGAUAGGAAUGAGCUGAAAAUGGAGGGGAAAAAAUCAGAGGACUAGAAAUAGUUCAGUAGGCUCUCGAGUCAUUUUUCCGACAUAUUUAAUACAAUUCAACGAAAAAUGAGAAUUGAAUCGAAUCAUAUUCGGUUUGUUUGCACAUUCGAUCGGCUCGUUGAUUUUGUGUAAUUUUGUCUGUGUUGACCGAAUCGUUGUCGUUGUUGCUAUUUGUGUCCCUGUACUGAAUACCUCAUUAGGACAUAUCACUUCAAGUGCAUAACGGACGAUUUCACAUUAUAUACGUGUUUACUUACCUUUUUUUUUUUUUGUAUUGUGGAUUAUCAAAUGCCUCGUGAAAAGACGCGCAUGCAUCACGUGUAGAAUUAGGAUCUGGGAGUAGAGUUCAUUUAUUAAAUGGCAUUUACAAAACUGAUGGAAGUGUGUUGAUCAACCUCCUACUCAAUGUAACUGAUCAGAUCGACAGAUGAACUAUAAAUAGAGAAAUGGUGCAUUACAAACCAAUAUAUCAAUGAAUUCAUUUAUGUUAAAUAUCAUAAUUGUUUUUCCUCCCCAAAAAGAUGUUUGAUCUUGUUUCUUAACUUCUUGUGCAUAUUUUGGAAGGUUAAUUGAGACAACAAAACACAAAUUAUUAGUGGUUGAUUGAGCCAUUGUUCACAAUUAAAAGAAAGAAAAAAAAGAGAAAACGGUGGGCUACUACCAUACGUUACGAUCAUACCACCAUCGGCCCAACCAAUUAUUUAUUUUCUUUAAAAAAAGAAGGCGAUUCUUCCUUCUUCUUUAAUUAUCCAUAAAAAAAACCUUCCCCCACCAAAAAAAGGAAAAAGAAAAAGAAUAACUGAUGCUCUCGUGGCAUGCUGUCGGCCAUCCAUUGGGGAGCAGGUGGGCGACUGGAGCUGGGCCGAUCUCCACCGUCCGAUCCCGCUUCAUUUCUAGGGACCUUGGAUAUUUUUCCAGAUAUUUUUCAUCCCACCUUUACCUUUUGGCCAGGCAGAUGUCCCCCUACGCCAAAGUUCGAACGAACCCCCACAAAAAAUAGAAUUUGAAAAAAAAAAAAAAACCCCUCCGCCGGUCUCUGAUUUUUCCGGGGAAGGAAGACGAAGAAGACGACUGAAUCGUCGGCCACAGCGGUGAUGGUAGAGCUGGAGACAAGUUGCAGCAUCAGCAGCAGUCGAGCUGCGGAAGAAGAGAUGGAACAAGGAGGAGGAGAAUUGCUGAAGAAGCAGAGUAACGGGAGUGGUGGUAAUCUGGAGGGGAGGGAAGGAGGUACCGAGGAGGACGAGGAGGAGAGUCAGAGUGAUAACCAGCAUCGGAAUCAGAUGUCGAAGAGGAGAAGGAAGAAGAAGAAGCAGCAGCAGCAGGAGGAGAUGAGGAAUAUCGAGAACUCGAUGAAUGAAGUUGACGAUGGUGGCGGCGGUGGCUCGAGGAGUAAUGGUUUGAUGGUGAGAUGGGAGAGGCUUCUGCCGAGGAUGGUGUUGAGAGUCUUGCUGGUUGAAUCCGACGACUCUACGCGGCAGAUUAUUGCUGCCUUGCUCAGGAAAUGCAGUUACAGAGUUGCUGCGGUUCCAGAUGGAUUGAAGGCAUGGGAGUUACUAAAAGAAAGGCCCCAUAACAUAGACCUGAUUCUGACAGAAGUGGACUUACCUUCUAUAUCGGGAUAUGCUCUCCUUACUCUAAUGAUGGAGCAUGAGAUCUGCAAAAACAUUCCUGUCAUAAUGAUGUCGAAGGAGGAUUCGAUCAGCACGGUUUACAAAUGCAUGAUGAGAGGUGCAGCUGACUACCUUGUUAAACCCGUCAGGAGAAAUGAACUUAGAAAUUUGUGGCAGCAUGUAUGGAGAAGACAUACUCAACUUUCAAGAGAGAAUUUGCCCCAGGAUGAGGCUACUUCUGAAAAUAAUGUUAAUCACAUAACUGGUGAUGUAGCUUGUGUCCAGAAGAACAAGGAUUUCGUCAAGAAAGGGAGUGAGGCACAGAGUUCUUGUACAAAGCCAGGUGUGGAAGCUGGGAGUACUGGAAAGUUUCAGGACUUCUUACAGCCAGUUGGAGUUGAACAUGUCCUUGAUGAUACUAACUGCCAGAGACAGGAGGCCUGUGAAGGUUCAAAUCAAAGGGUGCUUGUUCAUGAGAACCAAGGCCAGGAGAGAACAAAUACUGAUGCCAACACCGAGGCCUGUGAUACUGGUGGUGCCAACUUUCAUAGAGAAGGUAUUAAUUUCAUGGGAGCAGGUACGCUAGACAAAUCCUCCCAGGAGAACAUCAGGAGCAAUUUUGACACUUACCCAGACUUGGAUCUCUCCUUGAAAAGUAAUCAUUCUUGUGAGCUAGCACUUCAACUUUCAGAAGAAAGACACACGCUCAGACAAUCUACAACCUCAGCUUUUUCACGGUAUAUCGCUAGGCCAUUUCAAACCCAACAUUCGGCCAAUGCCUGCAAUCAGAAAGAACUUGGAAUUGAUUCAGAAAUUAACUUUUCCAGUGUCGCCGGUAACACAUCUAGCUCUCCUACUCCAGCAGCAGCAGGUCUUCAUAGGACUGUGUCUCUUCCAAUUUCCCAAGCUAAAGAAUCUGAAGUUGGAACUUCAAUGCCUCAACAAAGACUAUUAUUUCCAGUCCAAACUCCAUCAAGUGAGGCUAGGAACAGUGAUUCAAACCCAGGCUUCAUGUUCCCUCCUUUCACCUACAAACAACAGUCAGCAAAUCACCAAGAACCCCACCUCAGAUUGAGCCGCGAGUCCACAGCUUUGCAAAAUCAGGACCACAAGUUGGACGAGUGGAGGCGUGUUUCUCCCAUGACUGAUCAAACCGGAAGCAACAGCUUGUGCAAUGGUGCUAUAAAUCAUUUCAACAGCAGCAUGGGCUACGGAAGCACUUCCGGGAGCAUGAGCAAUGCUGAACAAGUUGGCAUGGUUAAUGGAGCACCAGCAGCAGAGAGCACAAAUGAAGAAGGGCCUUUCACCCACACCCCGAACUCCCAUCAUCGGUCCAUGCUGAGGGAAGCUGCCCUUAACAAAUUCCGGUUGAAGCGGAAAGAACGAUGCUUUGAGAAGAAGGUCCGGUAUGAGAGCAGGAAAAAGCUGGCUGAGCAGCGUCCUAGAGUGAAAGGGCAGUUUGUUCGUCAGGCGCCAGUCGAGGCUGCGCCUUUGGAACCCGAGUGAAGUCGUGCUCAGAUACUUGGCUUGCCUGCUACUAAUUUGACAUGAGCGAUUCGCACUAGUGAUAGCGUCAUCUGUGAUUUUUUACCGUUCUGAAAUCUGACAGGGAAGUAUAGUGAGAGAGCCUUACUAUGCCGUGUGUUCAUAUUCAUACGCCGUAACUUCUCAUUGCCCUCUAACAGCUUAGUUUAGAUAUGUGUAAUGUAUUUACCACCAUUUUCAUUUGUAAAUAUUGGGAAGAAGGUAAGGUAAAGUGGUCAUCAAUCUGAUCGAACCUGCUGACUCUUUUAUAUGAUUAGGGUUCCUUAACUCCUGAUUAUGCUAUGAUUCAUAGGAAGGAAAAUGUAAAUUCUCGGAUCACUUCGAGUGAUAGAAAUAGGAUUGCGCAAUGGUAUUAUGAUUAUAGAUUUUGUAUCAAAAUUUAGAUGUAUCAAAAUUUCACUAAUCAAAUUUACAAUCAAUCUGUAUCAUUCUAAAAUCCUGUCUCCGUCCUUGAGUGCUUGUUUGAUUUAAUAUGAAAUUACCAAGACAUCCAGUGAAGGGAUCGAGUAGGGUGGCAAUGAAGCACAACCCUCCAUGCCUCUUCCUAAAUCAUGAACAUGAAUGGAUAAUUACCUACAAAGUUGUCCUUGGGAGUCGUCGAAGGACGUUUUGCAAGACAAGACAUGCAUCAUAACCGUCGCUAUUAAAAUGUGUAUUUACUUCAUUAUUUUCUGUCAAAGCAUUCUCGACUCCUAAUCAUAUUAGAUUAUUGUGAAAGCGAAGUUUUAUGCAUAACCAUCUUGCUAGCUACUAUCCGAAUAUACGGUAUUUUACCACAUUAGUAUGAUACCUUAUCAAGAUGGUAAAAAUACACUGAAAACCCAGGCCGAUUGUUCCCAAAGGGGCUUAAGAUCUUUUACCUUGCUUUCAUAUUGCUUACGAGCAAGCUUACGAAAGAAUAUCCAAAACCCUCUCCCCCAAAGAUUUCUUCUUGAACCUACAAGACUCUCUCUCGACCUCCCAAUUAAUCAAACGUGACAGCGAAACGACAACGAAUCGGGAAUCCAUUUUGGUAUUAUUUAUUAUUUUCUGACUUUUCUUGGUCUCCUUUUAUAAUUUUUUCUUUUUAAAUCCAUGCAGAUUUUAUUUUAUAAUAAAGUCUCAAAUUCAGA